AUGACAAUAGAAAGGAAUAGCCAGACAUUGGAUAUAGUUCAAAUAAGCAAGUCUUUGUCUUGGAUACUUCGACACGGUGUUCAAAGAGAAGGCUUAGAGAUAAGUGAUGAAGGCUAUGUCUCCUUAUCAACCCUUUUGAGACAUAAAAAAUUUAGGAAAUACAACUUCAAUGAUAUAAAAAGAGUUGUGGAUAGUAAUGACAAGCAGAGAUUUAAACUUAGGCUAAAUCCCAGUACUUCACUCUGGGAAAUUAAAGCUAAUCAAGGACAUUCAAUUAAGAGCGUUAAAAAUUCUGAAUUAAUACCAAUUAUACAGGAUAAAUAUCCCUUAGUUAUCCAUGGCACUUAUUUAAGGAAUUGGGAUAAUAUAAAAAUACAAGGUUUGAGUCACAUGUCCCGCAACCACAUCCAUUUUGCAAAAGGACUCCCAAAUGACCCAAACAUCAAAAGUGGUAUACGCAGAGAUGCACAAGUUCUGAUUUAUAUUAACUUAAAGAAGGCUCUUCAGGGCGGUAUAAAAUUUUUUGAAUCAGAAAAUGGUGUUAUCUUGACUGAGGGUGAUGCAAAUGGAUUUCUAAAACCUGAGUAUUUUUUGAGAGCUGUUAAGUUUGAAAACAAUAUAAUAGUACCUCAUCCUAAUACAACUUCCAAAGUAAGGCAAGAUGGGCCUAGUAAGCAGAUAAAUAGCAGUUCUGCUGAUUUGAAGAUAAAUGUUUCUGGAUUCCCACCAUACACAAGAAUUGAUGACCUGAAAAAUACAUUUUCAAGUUAUGGGCAAGUAAAUGUGAAGAUUUAUAAGAGGCAAGCGGUUAUCACUUUUGCAAAUAAAGAUGAUGUGGAGCAUGCUCUUUCACAAUCCAAUAAGUUGACUUUGUAUGGCUCGUUUCUGACUUUAAAACCACACUCAACCGCACCAGCCCAUGAAAAGGCAAAACCACAUUUUGCAAGAAGUAAACAUGAACAUAAAAUACUUGAGCCGCAGAAAAUAGAUUUAUCCGGGGACGUCUAUAAACAGUUGGAUAACAUCUUGGACGUGAUUAGAUUGACCCAACAGGAAGUUAUAAAUAUAUCUAUGCUUUACCUUGAUCUAGAAACUGCGUUACAAACAUAUUGGCCUGGUUGUCGCGCAGUUCCUUUCGGAUCAAUCACAACUGGACUGGGGAUCAAAGGUAGCGAUGCGGACUGCUUUGUCGAAAUUCCAAAUGCUAUUGGCAGUCCGGACUUUACAUACGUCUUUAAGGCUAAGAGAAUCCUACAACAAUAUCCGGAUAUAUUUACUGAUAUCUUAACAAUACCAAAUGCUAAUACUCCAAUUGUCAAGUUUUUCCAUACGCCCACAGGAACAAACUGCGACCUUUCAUUUAAGACUUUGCUUGGUACGCGAAAUAGUCAGCUAAUUGCAUUUCUGUUGCAUGCCGAUCCAAGACUAAUACCCACCGCAGUUCUAAUUAAAUAUUGGGCAAAGGUUCAUGACUUAUCUGGCACAGGUAAAAUGAGCAACUAUGCAUUGACAAUGCUUUUCAUAUUUUAUCUACAACAAGUUUCCAUACUACCAUCAGUUGAAUGGCUUCAGAAGAAUAGCUCGGAGUGGAUUGUCGAUCAUUGGAACACCGGCUUCCUGAACGAGCAUUCGUUGUUACCGAAAACGGAGAACAGUAUGACCAUUGCAGAAAUUUUAGGUGGAUUUUUCAAAUAUUAUUCGGACUUCAACUUUGACACUCUCACUAUUUGCCCUUUGACUGGAAGCACCAUUCCAAAAAAACUUUUCCAAGAUGUCGAGUCCCUUCCCGAUUUGCUGAACCGGUACAAAGAGAAUGUCAAAAAUGACAUAGUAAAACCUAUGAACCUUAAAACUGCAGUGUGCAUCCAAGAUCCCUUUGAGUUGUGUCACAAUGUUGGGUGCAUGAUAGGGAACAAGCUCUCUAAAGACAUUAAAGCGUAUUUGAAAUUCGCUGCAGCAGCUUUCAAAGAUGAAGAAUCUCCUCAAGACUUUCUUAGGACCAUUUUAUUAAAAGCACCCCCUGUACCAAGUAAGGAAAAUAUGUUGUACAGAUCUACAAUAUAUUCCAAAGAGUUGAAUGAAAUUGUCGACGAAGAGUGGAAAAACAUAGUACAAAGUGUCAUUUCAUUAAUAUUCGAAGAUAUUUGCCACGCCAAACUUGAAAAGGUCGUAAGUGACGCGACGCAGCCCACGAAGAAAGGAGGGGAUAAAAAAGCACCAAUUAAGAAAGAUGAGGAGCGUUACUUUUUUACCUUGACUAAGGCAGUGUGGAAAAGAAAAAGAUUCACUAAACUUUAUGCCCAUAUGAGGGGAACGUUUUUAGAAAAACAAAUAAAAAUUACCCAUGAAAUAAUCAAUAUUGAUAAAGAGAUGCAUAAUCUAAGGAUACAACUAGCAAUAAUUCCCACCAAGAUCAAAUCUGUGUCCGUCAAUAUCAAGUACAUUGAUGGUAACAUGACGGACUUCCAGGAGUUUGGAAAAAUGUUCAACAGCAUGUUUAAGCAGUGGUUUCUUAUAUUAAUGCGUCCAUACUUGCCAAAAAAUAAUACAAAUGUAGCAAAAGAUGACAGUCAAGAACACAACAUUAUAAACAAGGACAGUAAGAAGACCCAUUUGGGCAAUUCAGAGAAUGACUUGUUACUUGCUGUACAAAAUUGUUCAUUAAGUGAGGGUCCUGACUAA